GGUGGAGACGGGCGUACUGACGCUUGCUGAGUUGCUGUUAGAGUGUUAGGGACUACAAGCGUUUUGGCUCGAACUGGUGUCGGUACCAUUCAUCGUCAGAUGUGCUGCUGCUGACUUGCUGGUUGCUGCGCUUAGACUAGCGUUGGCAUCAAGCUGAGUCAAGCAGCCGCCCGUAUUGAUGUAUGUGUGAUUCCUUGCAACAGCAUAUUUCUGUUGGUGCUGAAAUUUUAGUCGGGGCUGCUGGUGGUUGCUCGAAUUGGACGUUGUAGAGACCGGGUUGCAAGAUAAAGCUUGGAGCAUAAUUUGUGGAAACUUGGUUCUAUGUAAAUUCAGUGCUCUUUGCUUUGCUGCCGUGUAGUGCCGAUCUGAUCCGUCUUGCAUGAGGUUUCGUGUGCUAUUGGCCUUCAAGUGCUAACAUGAUUUUCUCCCAGUGCCGGGCUAUACAGUACAGUGUUUAGAGUGUCCAGUGUACUUUGUUCACUUGGACAAGAGAUAUUUGUGCUUUAUUCGAACUUUACAUGCAGUUAGGAGUAAUCUAUCUGAUUUAUUGCCUCUCAGCAUUGAAACUUGAUCAGAAAAAUUUGUCACUGAAAGUAGCUCAAAUGAAAAUGAUAGGUAAAAUGGUGUGGGCUGCCAUAGUGUUUAAUUCGUGCUGUGAGGAUUUCGCCUGUUCAUUAUGCUUCUCAUAUCAUGCCAACCCUUUUUCAUAUCAUAGAAACUUCUGUUUCUGUCUGGUACUUCCAUCGUCGAUAUUUUGGCAUGCUUAUGCACUGAAUUCUGAUGCUUUGCUGCUACAAUUGGUUGUGCUCAUUGUGUAGUUGAUUUUCUCAGUGAUGUGAGGCUUUUCCUUGACAUCUGAUGGUGACCGUUGCAUCUUAUCCUUUCUUGUGCCUGAACUGUUCUGCUCAACCUGAUGGUCAUUGAGGCCCUACUUCACUGUGCCAGUUCACUGUUUAUACCAUGGGUUUUCCUUGUAGCAUGCGUUCCAAAGUUGGAUUCCAAAUUAAUAGUUACCGUACAAGGACCUUCAAGAUUAAAGCAAAAGCGGAAUUUGGUGAUGGCUACACACGGCUUGCUCCACUUAGAUUUGAAUCUCCGAGUGGCCAACUUUUGGUCCAAAUACUACAAUCACACCCUCACCUGCUACCUGCUACAGUUGAUCAGCAACUUGAAAAUUUGCAAUCAGAGAAAGAUGCCCGAAAGGAAGAAGCUUCAAAAGUUCCUCAGGACCUCCUCUACAAGAGAAUCGCAGAAGUCAAAGAGAAGGAAAGGCAGAAUACUUUAGAAGAGAUCAUCUACUGUUGGAUUAUCUACAAGUUUAUGGACAAUGACAUAUCCAUGACACCUGCAUUAUCACCAGGGGCUGGCCCUGUACGCGACAUAUCUUCACUGCCUAACCAAGAGGAUAAACUGCAAAGCAUACACUCCCCAGAUGCUUUUGAGAUGAUACAAAACCAUCUUAACCUUAUCAUGGGAGAAAAAAUAGCAGCACCACCGGACACUGUUGUGGAGAUCAGCAACUUAAAUCUUGGAAAGCUUUAUGCAGCAUCCAUCAUGUACGGUUACUUCCUUAAGAGGGUAGAUGAGCGAUUCCAGCUUGAAAAGACUAUGAAGACACUCCCACCAAACCCCAAGCAGCAGAUAGUGUUUGAAAAUCUGAAACCGAAUCCAUUCUGGGAUAUGAAGUCCUUAGUACAGAUUACACCUGAUGGGGAGGAGAUAUCCUUGGACGAUGAAGAAUCAAAUCUGAACAAGUUGAGGUCUUAUGUUUCACAACUGGAUGCUGACACAUUGCAAAGAUACGCAACUAUCAGAUCAAAGGAAGCUGUCUCACUGAUUGAGAAGCAAACUCAGUCUAUGUUUGGACGACCAGACAUCAAAGUAUGGGACGAUGGUUCUGUUAAUGCAAAGGAUGGUAAGAUGGUAACGAUCACAUUUACAGAGCUGAAUCACCUUGUCUUGGAGGCAGUUGCUUUCGGAUCCUUCCUCUGGGAAGCUGAGAGCUAUGUAGAAUCAAAAUACCAUUUUAUUAACAGUUGAAUGCGCCUUCUUUUUAUAUACAAUUUUGGGAAUUGUUUAUGUACAUGUGAUAGGGUAGGAUCCAUCUCUGACCUGUUCCUCAGUGUAGUCAUGGUUCUUGCUCAGCCAAAUCAUCACCUUCCAUGCCUCUUAACAGGUUUAUGAUUUUUCAUCGGAUAAAAGUGAACAUGAUCCAGAUUCCAGAGUGUAAUCGAACAAGUGAGAAGUGAUACUCAAAUACUUCAUGUUCACCCAAUUCACUGGAACAUGUUCUGAAUUUUGCCGGUCAACUUGUUCACUU